CGCCCCAGCCGGGCAUGUGCCGGCUCCUGCCGCAGCUGAGAUGGCCCACGCCGGGUGGGAGGUCGCUCGGGAGCUGCAAGAAAGCAUCCGGAAGUUUCUCAGCCGGCCUCCCAUCCACCUCCUGGUGAGGGUGAAGCUGGAAACCAAGCCCAAGAAAAAUGAAGACCGAGUGCUGGUUCUUACUACCUGGCGCAUCUAUCUCUUUGGAAUUAAGAUGCCCGCCAAGCUCGAAUGCUCUUUCAACGUCUUGGAGAUCCGAGCAUUAAACACUCUGAACCACAACCAGAUCUUGGUGGAAACAGAGAAAGCCAACUACAAUCUGAAAUUCCCAACUCCCGAAAGUGCUGGCCAGGUUACGAGACACGUCAACACUGCCUUAGCCAAAAUUUUUCCAAGUCCGGCUUCUGUCUGCCUGAUUCGCCAUGGGAAUGUGGAGACUCCAGUGGCGUCCAGGGAUGUGUCCCCCAAUUCGGAAAGUUCAAAUUCCACCAUUCACAGCAUUUGCGGAGGUUUUUCUGAAACAUACGCUGCCCUUUGCGACUACAAUGGACAGUCUUGCCGGGAAGAAGUUCAGUGGGACGUGGACACCAUUUAUCAUUCUGAAGACAACCGGGAGUUCAACCUGCUCGAUUUCUCUCACUUGGAAAGUCGAGAUCUUGCUUUGAUUGUGGCAGCUUUGGCUUAUAACCAGUGGUUCACCAAACUUUACUGCAAGGACCUGCGGCUGGGCUCUGAAGUAGCCGAGCAGAUUUUGCACACGGUGAGCAAGUCCCAUCACCUGGAGGAGCUGGUGCUGGACAAUGCAGGGUUAAAAAUUGAUUUUGCCACGAAACUGGCGUGCGUUCUGGCAGAAAACCCCAACACCGCUCUCCACGUCCUCACGCUCUCGCACAAUCCCCUGGAGGACAAAGGCCUCAGUGCCCUGAGUCAGCAGCUACUGUGUUUUCCCAAAGGCCUCAGCAAACUUUGCCUUUCUAAGACCAGCAUCACUGCUAAAGGACUUGCCAUUUUGUGCCAGACCUUCAGUGCCAACCCAGCAUUCACCAGUUCCCUCCGCCACCUUGACUUAAGCAAAAAUGCAGGUCUUCUGGGGACUGACGAGGCAAAUAGCUUCUAUUCAUUCCUGGCACAGCCCAACGCCCUGAUUCAUCUGGACCUCUCCUCCACAGACUGUGCGGUAGAUGCCCUUUUUAGUGCAUUGCUCCAUGGCUGUUGCCCACGACUAUGCUACCUCAACCUUGCACGGAACACCUUUUCCCAUCGAAAGGGAAAAGAAUUCCCACCCUCUUUGAAGCAGUUUUUCUGCAGUGCCUAUUCUCUGAACUGUGUGAACCUGUCAGGCAUCAGGGUCCCCGUAGAAGCAUUGCGGUCUCUCCUGCAAGGCUUGUCUGCCAAUACCCACCUCAGUGACCUGCACCUGGAUCUGAGCGGAUGUGAGCUCCGCUCUCCAGGAGCUCAGGUGCUUCAAGAACAGAUUCCUGGGAUCAGCGCCCUGAGUGGUCUUGACCUUUCGGACAACGGCUUUGAUGCCGAUUUGCUCACCCUCCUUCCAGUGCUGAGCAAGAAUAAGUCUCUGAAGCACCUCUGGCUGGGAAAGAAUUUCAACGUCAAAUCCCGAACGCUGGAAGAAAUUCUUCAGAAGAUAGUGCAGUGUAUCCAGGAGGAAGACUGUUCCUUACAGUCCUUCUCAGUGGCAGAUUCCCGGCUGAGAACCCGCUGCAGCAUCCUGAUCAACGCCCUGGGGAGCAACACUUGCUUGGCCAAAGUGGAUUUAAGUGGGAAUGGCAUGGAAGACCUCGGGGCCAAGAUGCUGUCCAAGGCCCUGCAGAUCAACAGCACGCUCAGGAGCAUUUCCUGGGACAGGAAUGGCACCACGGCCCAAGGCUUCCAGGACGUUGCCCGGGCCUUGGAGAAUAACUUCACUCUCAAGUUUAUGUCCUUGCCCAUGAGCGACAUCACCACAGCCUACCGCAAUGCCCCCGACAGGAUGGAUGAGGUGUGGCAAAAGAUCCAGUGGUGUCUCCUGAGGAACAACCACUCUUCGAGGGUCUCCCAGGACCAAGUUUUCCGUCUCCACCAAGGGAUUGUCUCCAAUAGCGCCGAGCAAAUGAUGAGCCGCCUCUGCGUGAGAGUCCAGGAAGAACUACGGGUCCUGCGAACAUGCUCUGCUGACUCUGUUCAGGAGGAGGUCCUCUACGCCCGGAAGCUAAUGAAAGAAGCCAAAAAUUCAAGAGCGCUCUUUCCCAGCCUGUAUGAACUUGGGCACCUGCUGGCCAGUGACGGGCCAGUGCGGCACCGGCUGGAGUCCAUGGCCAAUGAAGUGGCAAAAGCGGUUGACAAGGAGCUGCAGAUGAUCUUGGAGUCGAUGGUUGCUCUAACGCAGGAGCUGUGUCCACAUGCCGUCCAGGCAGCCGAAGAGCAUCACAAGGUGUUGGCAGCUGUUUCUGAGCACAUCACCGUGCCCCGAAACUUUAUCCGGGGUGCUUUGCUGGAACAGGCUGGCCAGGAUAUUCAAAACAAGCUCAACGAGGUGAAGCUGUCUGUCGUGACGUAUCUCACCAACACAAUUGUGGAAGAACUUUUAGAAGAGCUGUAUCACGCUCACAAGAAUCUGGCCCAGCACAUCACCCACCUCCACCGACUUUCCGAGGGUCAAGACAGCGUGAUCCUUCUCGAACAGCUGGGAAAACACCACCUCCAGGACCAGAAAGAAUUCCCCGAGAAUGAGCUCGACUCCAGCAUCGACACCAUGGCUAUCAAAAGACAGAAGAACUGCCGCAGGAUCCGGCCUGCUUCUGCCUUUAUUAGUGGAUCAGAGCAGGACGGGGAGCUGGCAGUCUCCAACAUGAGCUCACCCCUGGGGUGGAUAGCUCUGGUUGGCAGCAACCAAUUCCCCUACUCCCACAGCGCCUCCUUUGAGGGGCUUUGUGACCUGCCCACGGAAGGGGCUCGGCUUGAGCACCGGACGUGUGGCAGACCCCGGCCACCUCGCUCGACUCGGUUCCGCUCCAGGAACCGAAUCCUUGGUUCCCUGGAAUGCAGAGAGCAGGAAAAUGGGUUGGCACCCAGACUGGACGAGGGUCUAGAUGAGUUUUUUAACCGGAGGGUUCUGAGUGACACCAUCAGCUAUCCUCGGAUGUCUGAAAGCUGUGGGGUAAGGCCAGGCCCCUCUGAUUCCCUCCCACCAAUGCAAAGAAAGCGGAGGAAGGGCCUCUUCCAUUUCCGCCGAUACCACAGCAUCAAGGGAGAGCGGGACCCGGAGGAUCUGCCCCCCAAUCCCCCCCCACCUCCCCUAGGUGGGGAGGAACCGAAGCCCCUGCUGUACUCAGUCAUUAGCCAUGAGAAAGAGUGGAAACAUGGACAGGACAUUGUGGGAAUGACAAUGCCUCUUCCCGGAUCGGGGCCCGUGGCCCCUGGGAGUGGGGUGAAGGGCCUCCUGAGCCGUUCCAAGCAGGUUUCCACUCCUGAUUCAGAGAGGGUGGAUGCAGAUUCCCGAAGGACGGAGUUCUUGCAGCCCUUGCGAGUCCAAGGCGUGGCGCUGCCCGGGAUGGGCCGUGCUAAAGGCUGGAGCUUGGAUGCGAAGCUGGAGAGCGUUGAAAUGGAGGAAAGGAGAGGGAGCCUACGGGAGCAGCAGAGAAGACGUUCUUCGGAUGACACAGGGCAAAGAGGUUGGAAGCCCCACCCUCCACUGCAGAGCACCAAGCCAAGCUUUGCCACCAUUCGGCGGGCAGAAGCCAGCUGGGACAUAGCUGAAGAAAGCUCAUCCCGGGAGUGUGGGGGCAAAGGUAACCUGCAAGACCAGCCCCUGGAAGAAAGGCAGAGGGGGGCAGAUGAGAGGGGCGUGGCAGGGGCCGCGCCGAAUUCCGAGAAGGACCGACUGAUGGCAUCAGCCAGUGCAAAGCAACAGCAGUUCAGGGAUCUCUCUUCCACUCCCAAGCCUGUGGCCCUCCCCAGGGGCCGGAAGACCCCCAGCCAGCCCGAACGAAGCCGCAGCAACGAGGAAGCCAGCGGGGCAGGUGGCGUUGUUCCAGAAGAUACAUGCACAUUUCCUCCGGUAGCUCAACCCCGACGCAGACCCAAGGAGCAGGAAAACGAAGGGGAACCUGAAGCAGGGAGGAAGAUGGCUCCGCUCAAACCAAAGAGAACACGGCGAGCGCAGUCCUGUGACAAGCUGGAGUCCGAUCGGGGACGGAUCCCGGGCUCUGGAGGUGCCACGGACCUACCCCUGCCUGACCCUCCUCCUCCUCCUCCCCCUGAAUUCGACCCACCUGGCUGGAAAUCUCGCCCCGCUCUUCCUCCUCCUCUCCUUCCAGCAGAUCGGCCCGGGGGAGCUCCCAGAUCUGGGGCGGAGUGAUGGAGGAGGCCCUGGGACUCCAAAAACUCCCCACCGUCUGGCCGGAAGACCAAGGGGGAGCCGGACGUGCUGCCGGGGGGGGGG